UUGCCCGGUGGGGGUGGCGCCCGUCGUGUCGAUCGCCGCCUGCUGCUGCUGGCGCUUGUUGGCGGUAGUCUGGUGCGGGCGGGGAUCACGUAGUGGGGCGGACUGAAAAAUAAUAAUUAUUGACCUGAUUUUUAGCGGGACCCCGGGCUCCCGCCAAAUGAUUCAUUUCAUUAAAGCGUGUUUUUUUUAAUUUAAAAAAAGUAUUUUAAAUAUUACUUAUUUGUCGACGGACAACAUUCCGUCGCCCGGUUAACGUUCUCCGCCGUGAUGGAGGCCUUGUCCGCCGCUUGCCUCGAGCGGCGGGUCCACGUCGUGGAGUUUGACGUUCGCUUUCGAGGCACCAUUAAGUGCAUCGAUCCGACGAACAAGACGCUGACUCUCGACAAAGUCGAAGUGAUCAUCGGCGAUGCUCAAAUGGCAUUACCUGGGCUGAAAAUGCUGGAUGGACAAGGGAUAUCUGCAAUUACUUUUCUGGAUGAAAAUCCGGCGAAAGCCUGCAGACGGCAAGGAGCUGAGAAAGCUGAUGCUUCAAGUGGAAAUGUCAAGCCUGACAGAUAUUGUAAUAGAAUUCCAGGGAAAAUUGUGAACUACAUCUUAAUUGACAAAUUUCAAGAGAAGUUUGGAUCAGCUAUCCAGAACCUGAGUGAGUCAUCUGUGAUUAGCCUUGAGCUAAAUGGAAUUAACAUUUCCAGAUUUGGAAAGCUGUGCUGGCUUCAGGUGUCCACAAAGGAGACAGUUUACCUCUUUGACAUCUUGACUCUCGGUUACGAAGCAUUCGAUUUUGGCCUGCGAAGAAUUUUGGAAAAUGAGGCAAUUUUAAAGGUGGUUCAUGACUGCAGAUUUUUGUCUGACUGUCUUUACCACCAGUACAAAACAUCACUGGCCAAUGUCUUUGACACACAGAUUGCAGAUGUCAUCGUGCGCAAGGAGGAAGCCGGUGGCAAGUGGCCUGACAAAUUGAGGCUUCUGCCCGAGUGUUUGUCUCACCAUCUCGGACUUCCAGCUGCUGCCUUCCAGAAAUACAGUGUGGCCAGCGCGACGGUGUGGACGAUGCGCCCCAGCCACUCGGCACUCCUCCAUCUGGCUGCUCGGCACAUGCCUGAGCUGCUGGCGCUCCGCACGGUGUUGCUCGACAAGUUGAUGGUGCCCUUCACAAUCCAUGUCGGUCACAGCCUCGACGCCUACCGCGCCCAGCCAGACCACGUGCUGUGCCAAGUGAAGCGUGACAGCCUGGAGCUGCCCCAGUAUCUGCUGUCCCAUCUGCCUGAUGAAAACUGGGCCAAGAAUGGGAAGUGAUAAGCACAUGAAUUGGUUGGACUGAGCAGUCUGCAACUUUGUAAACAAGCUGCACUGUGCCGUCCGCCCUGUACGAGUCAUCAAAAAGAAGGACUGAAGAUAAAUGUUUCUCGGCCAGGGUUGUACUGGAUGAUUUAUACUGAUACUGUAAACGCAUAUACAUCACUUAAACAAUCGCAUAGGACUGCCAUCUUGCAACUGACAGUUAAAACCCAAAAUAACCAUGAACCUUGUUGUGGAGAAUAUCAAAAACUAAAUACAUGAGCAAACUAUACAUUAUCUUCGUAUAUAUGUCUACUAGCUUUACUACCCGGCUUCGCCCGGGACUUGGAUUCAGCACACCCGGCCGCCUUUAUCUCCCCAGUGGCGAUGUUCACACA